AGAUCCCCAUGGAAUUUGCGUCCACGCUCAGAGACAUUGACGAUCGCCGAUUGAUGGUGCCGGCAAUGCCCAAUGAGACUCGUGAAUCGUUCUGAUGCGGGCGGAAAAGGCCCGAAACCGUGUAGGCGGUGCUCAUGCGCACGACGGCCCGCUUUGCUGGCUGGUGGUGCUCACACGCCUAUCCAAAUACGAUUGCCGACCUGUACCAGACCUAUCCUUCGACCCGAGGCCUCUUGAUCGGGUAUCGGCACCCCACAUAUGAGUUCUCACGCCCCAUCCUGGACACCUGUUCUUCAUGGCGAGCGCGAUGCUCACGGGCGCUCAAUAAUCUUCAGGGGUAGCAUACCCGAUCAGGCAAGUGCUGGCAUCGGUGCGCAAAACGUUACUAGACUCCGGGAUUGUCGGGGUGGUACGAAUGAAAAUUUCCAUUCUUCUCACGCUACUGAGCCAAAAGGCCGUGAAGAAAUCAUGAAAUAUAACUGCUUGGAGCGCUCUAGUACAGGUCGGCAACCGCACCCAAGGGCCUGGAGCGUUCGUGAGGAAACAAGGGGACGUAGCAACUCGACAAGGCAUCAAAAGACAUUUGGCAGCCAAUAAAUGGCCAGUUGCGAGGGAAGUUGCAAAAACUGGGUGCCGCUGCAAACCGGUGUUCCCAUCAGCCUUUUCAGCGGGGAAGUUGU